AUGGGUCUGGCCAAUUCCAGUGUCAACGAGAAGAUCGUGGUCGACUAUGACAAGCCAGUCGAGGAUCUCUACGAAGAAGCUUCCAGAUAUCUGGUAUUUGAAGAAAUGAACCUCAGCCUUCUGUCAAACCAGACCGUCAACAUAACGCGAAACUCGACUGAUGCAGGAUCCAAGGCAUACCACGAGCUUACCCUGAGUUGGAGUGUCAACGUCGUGCGCAAGGGGGACGUCAUCGUUGUGCUCUCGGGAGGAGACGUGCCCUCUGUGUUGCGGCCAAUGCAGGACAGUUACAUUCUGAUUGGGGAGUGUUAUGUCGAAGGCAUCAUGUACGGAGAGUUGAUCAAGGCACAAAUGGAGACACACCCGGGCGGCGAGAAGCAGGGUGUCAAAGGUGAAGUGUUCCAUAUUCGUUGA